GAUCUGAACCGUCAGAGCAGAAUUUUAAUGGAAGGAUCGAUUAGCCCGGUUGCUAGGCCGUUUACUUGUAUAAGGCGAGAGAGACGAUUACACCGGACUUCUUAUCAAUAAUUAGUCACUUAAAACAUAGCGAGUUUAAACUGAACUUUUAUAAUUAGUAGAAAAUAACUUAAAACACCGCAGGAUUAAUUGAGGCGCUGUGGUGCAAUCGGCGUGCAGAGGAGAGCAAAGGGAACAUAGUGUAAUUGACUAGGUGAAAAAUGAAGACGCUGAUGGUGUUUGAUUUUGACCACACUGUGGUUGAUGAUAACAGUGACACCUGGGUGAUUAGAUGCCUUCCAGGUCAGACUCUUCCUGACUCUGUGAAGAGUUCCUACAAAAAAGGCCACUGGACUGAGUUCAUGGGCAGAGUGAUGAACUACAUAGGAGACCAGGAGGUCAGCCCCGACACGGUUCGCAGCGUGAUGGAGACCAUCCCCUUCACAGCUGGAAUGACAGACUUGCUGACAUUCAUAUCAGAGCAUAAAAGCACCAUUGACUGCAUCGUCAUCUCUGACUCCAACACCAUGUUCAUAGACUGGAUCCUCAACUCAUCUGGACUCCAGGCAGCUGUCGAUCAGGUUUUCACCAACCCGGCUAGGUUCAAUCAGCUCGGGUACAUGGAGGUACAGUGCCACCACUCUCACGACUGCGAUCGAUGCCCCGUCAAUCUCUGUAAGAAAAAAGUCCUGGAGCUGUACCUGUCGGAGCAGUCUGAUGGCGGCGUGGAGUAUGAGCGGAUAUUUUACGUGGGGGACGGUGGGAAUGAUCUCUGCCCUACUUACUGUCUGAGAGGGCAUGAUGUUGUGAUGCCCAGGAAGGGGUACACCCUGGAGAAACUGCUGGCCAAGCUGGAAGGUCAGGAAGAUAACACUUCUCUAAGAGCUAAAGUCAUUGCCUGGAGCAGUGGCACUGACAUCCUCCAAGAACUGAGAGGAAGUAUUCAGUAGUAGCCUGGGCCAUGGCGAUUUGAUCCACUUAAAUAUUUUGCACUCACGGCAAAUAUUGAGUCUGCACUAUCGAGGGCACAUGCUGCUCCCUGUAAUUGUUUAAAAAUAAAUUUACAUUAUCGACAUGUGUCCAUUUUAAAGUAAACUUUUGAUGGUAAAAUUAUUGAAUUUUUGUUACAAACCCUUGAAAAUGGCUGAUCUGUCGGCAGGGAAUUUUAUCUUAUUUGACAAAACAGUAACAACCCCUGAAACAAGGAUGGACGUAUAAGGAGUCAUGGAGUUGAAAGGUUUGUCUUUUAUUCAGAGGUGGAGGUUUCGAGUGGAGGCAUUUGGGCCCAAUUACAACACAAAUACAUUACAAAAUCUAUGGUGGACACCUUAUAAUGGCAACCCAUUAAAAGAUUAGUUCCACAUUUUGGGGAUUAUGCUUAUUUACUUAGAGUUACGUUGAUCCUGCUUUCAUGUACACAAAAUGUAAAGCUACAGCCAGCAGCCAAUCAGCUUAGCUUGGCAUUAAGGCUUGAAGCAACAGGAAACAGCUAGCCUCCUUCUUUUCAAAGGUAAAAUAAAAAAAAAGAGUUAUAAUAGUUAUAUUAUAUAAAUAAUAGUUAAAAAUGUAAUUUUAUUUUAUGGGUCACCCGUUUUAAUGUAACACCUCUACAUUAACUGAAUAAUAUGAUUUGAAGAAAUUAAACAGUAUUUUCACCGUGUAGAAAAAGCAAAUCUUGCCAAAUAAGUUGUUGGUAAAAUGUCAUAGUUGUUUAAUGUUAACUAGGCUUACAAAAGAAAGUAUAAGAUCACUCCUGAAAGUUCCAUUGCUAUAACCCUUAAUUUUAGGAUUAUACAGUCAGUGGGAGAACAAAUAACAGUGCUAUUUAGGCAUUACCCAUAUUUUGGAUUUAUUAGCUUAUUUUAGUUUUUUAUACAGUGUAUCUCAUAUGUGCUGCUCUGUAGCUGUGAACAAGUCUGCCCGUCAGGGAUUUUAACUGAUGUAUAUGUACUGUAUAUCUCAAGUCUGUGGUUUGUAGUCGUACAUGUGAAGCUAUCUUGAUUGUUUAAACCAGGUUUGGAUUCACCUGAUCAUGUUCACUCUGAUUUCGCUGUAUUGAACAAAUGUCAUCUAUUUGUUAAAGUUAAAUGAACAAAAGGGGUCUUGUUAUUCUACAAUACUCCCCAGGUUUACUGAGUUAUGUGGACAACUUUGUUGAGUAAAAUCCAGAAGUGUUGUUUAUACGUGCGUCUACACAAGUUUUGAGAAGGUUCCAGGUUUUAUUUAGUAAUAUUAUCCAAACAAAUAGGAAACAUUCUUAGAUGGUAUAAGGGUAAUCCUGGGAAUUUAUUUUAUAACAGCCAGUUGAUAUUACCUGAACAGAGUAUUGUGUUUUCUAUUUGAUGUUUAUGGAACCACACGCGGAGAUUGUCAUGUCAUGUCAUGAAGCUACAUGUGAAAUAUUGUUUGUUCUUAAUCUUGUAAUUGUAACAAUGCAAUUAAAACCAGACACCUCUUGUA